GCUGGCACGCGUUUCUGACUGUUGGACAAAGUGCCGACAAAAGGAUGAGGCGAGUACAUGCAUGGAGCUAUUAUGGAUUCAUUUCAUUUUGAGGACCACUAGCAAGCCAAGCAGCUGGAUACAAGGGACACGAGAGUACUAUAUACGCGCUAUGUAUAUUGUUUGAAAUAUUUCCUUGAAGUUGCCGCAGAAUUCUGCCAAUUUCUAGCCGUUGAGCAAGUCACUCAUUGUCAUCCAUAGAGGAAAUCUAAGCUAUCACUGAGACCCAAUAAUGGCGUCGGUACGGUUCACGGUGACGCCCACCAAGGCUGAGGACCUCCCGGGGCUGUCAGACACCUCGCCGGACAUCAGUUCCCGGUCCAGCGGCCGCGGCCACGUACGUUUUGGCUCACGGGAGAGUGUGAACCGCAGUGAACCGCUAAGUGAGGGGUCGGGAGGGCUCACCACAACUGGUGAAAACGAGACGCCUGACAGGACCAACACAGAUCAAGGAGAUGGCAAUGCCAAAAUGUCCAAUGUCUACAUCAACAACAGUCAUGGGGUGGACGAUGAUGACUUCUAUGACCGAAACUUGGCUCUCUUUGAGGAGGAGAUGGACACUAGGCCGAAGGUAUCUUCUCUCCUCAACCGUCUGGCCAACUACACCAACCUGACCCAGGGGGCCAGGGAGCACGAGGAGGCAGAGAGCAUAGGAGAGAAGAGAAAGGCCCACAAGUCUCCCCAAAUGGGUACGUUCAUGGGGGUGUACCUGCCAUGCCUACAGAACAUCUUCGGGGUGAUCUUGUUCCUGCGUCUCACCUGGGUGGUGGGAACUGCCGGUGUGCUGCAAGCUCUCUGCAUCGUCUUCAUAUGCUGCUGCUGCACUUUACUGACUGCUAUCUCAAUGAGUGCCAUCGCCACCAAUGGAGUUGUACCAGCGGGUGGUUCCUACUUCAUGAUCAGUCGUUCUCUGGGGCCAGAGUUUGGGGGGGCGGUGGGGCUGUGCUUCUACCUGGGCACCACAUUCGCCGGGGCCAUGUACAUCCUGGGAGCCAUCGAGAUCCUGCUGAUGUACAUUGCCCCGUGGGCGGCCAUCUUUGUCUCCGGCAGUCCGGACGGUGAGGGAGCAGCCAUGUUGAACAACAUGAGGGUCUACGGAUCAAUCUUCCUCCUCCUCAUGGCAUUACUGGUCUUUGUCGGCGUCAAAUAUGUCAACAAGCUGGCGUCCGUCUUCCUGGCCUGUGUCAUCAUCUCCAUCCUGUCCAUCUACACCGGAGCGCUGGUCUCCGCCUUCAGCCCGCCCACUUUCCCGGUGUGUAUGCUGGGUAACCGUACCCUGUCAGGACACAUCCUCCAUGAUAGUCCCUGUGCCAAGACCACCCUGCCCAAAGAACCACCCAGACCUGUGGAUACCAACCUCACACUCGCUGGUAAUGGCACGGUGCCGUCAACCUUUGAUCUCUCCUUGCCCUCCUCUGAGGCGACCACGACCCUGUGGCUGCAGUUCUGUGAAGGCCCAGACCUCAAUGCUUCCUGUGACUACUACUUUAACCUCAGCAACAUCUCUGAGAUACCUGGCAUACCAGGCCUGUCCAGUGGAGUUAUCACAGAGAACAUAUGGAGUGUUUACCUCACUAAAGGGGACGUCCUGGAGAAAGGGUCACUCCCCUCGCCCAGACCCGUCCACCCACCCACCAAUCGGCUGCCCUAUGUCUUCGCUGACAUCACCACCUCCUUCACGCUAUUGGUGGGAAUCUUCUUCCCCUCAGUCACAGGUAUAAUGGCUGGUUCUAACCGGUCUGGGGACCUGAAAGAUGCUCAGCGCUCCAUCCCCAUAGGAACCAUUAUGGCCAUCCUCACUACCUCCCUCGUCUACCUGAGCAGUGUGGUGCUGUUUGGAGCCUGCAUCGAAGGAGUGGUGCUCAGAGACAAGUUUGGAGACUCUGUAAAGGGAAACCUGGUAGUGGGCACCUUGUCUUGGCCCUCCCCCUGGGUCAUUGUGAUUGGCUCCUUCUUUUCGACGUGCGGCGCUGGCCUCCAGUCACUGACGGGUGCUCCCCGCCUCCUCCAGGCCAUCGCCAAGGACAACAUAAUCCCCUUCCUCAGGGUGUUUGGUCAUGGCAAGGCUAAUGGAGAGCCUACCUGGGCUCUGCUCCUGACAGCUCUGAUAGCUGAGCUGGGAAUCCUCAUUGCUUCUCUGGACCUGGUUGCACCCAUCCUCUCCAUGUUCUUCUUGAUGUGCUAUCUGUUUGUGAACCUGGCCUGUGCUCUGCAGACGCUGCUGAGAACUCCCAACUGGAGACCACGCUUCUCCUACUACCACUGGACCUUGUCAUUUCUGGGUAUGAUCAUCUGCUUGGCACUGAUGUUCAUAUCGUCAUGGUACUAUGCUAUUGUUGCUAUAGUGAUUGCUGGCAUGAUCUACAAAUACAUCGAGUACCACGGGGCAGAGAAGGAGUGGGGAGAUGGUAUUCGGGGUCUGUCCCUCAGCGCUGCUCGCUACGCCCUCUUGAGGUUGGAAGAGGGACCACCACACACCAAGAACUGGAGACCCCAGCUCUUAGUUCUAUUGAAGUUAGAUGAGGAUGCCUAUGUCAAGUCUCCCCGCCUGCUAACCUUUGCAUCUCAGCUGAAGGCAGGUAAAGGUCUAACCAUUGUAGGGACCGUCAUCACUGGAAACUAUCUCCACAGCUACGGAGAGGCACUGGCUGCAGAACAGACUCUGAAGCACCAGAUGGACAAGGAGAAGGUGAAAGGGUUCUGUCAGUGUAUUGUGGCUAACAAGGCCAGGGAAGGCAUCAGCCACAUGAUCCAGUCCAGUGGGUUAGGAGGGAUGAGGCACAACACUGUGGUUAUGGGCUGGCCCCUGGCCUGGAGGCAGAGUGAGGAUCCACAGUCCUGGAAGACCUUUAUCAACACGGUGCGUGUGACGACAGCGGCCCACCUGGCCCUACUUGUGCCCAAGAACAUCUCUCUGUUCCCCGGCAACAGUGAGCCGUGCGCGGAGGGAUACAUUGACGUGUGGUGGAUCGUCCACGACGGGGGCAUGCUUAUGCUACUGCCCUUCCUGCUGAGGCAACACAAGGUGUGGCGUAAGUGUGCGAUGCGUAUCUUCACGGUGGCUCAGAUGGAGGAUAACUCUAUUCAGAUGAAGAAGGACCUGGCUACGUUCCUCUACCACCUCCGCAUAGAGGCUGAUGUUGAAGUGGUGGAGAUGCAUAACAGUGACAUCUCUGCCUACACCUAUGAGAGGACUCUGAUGAUGGAGCAGAGGUCUCAGAUGCUCAGACAGAUGAGGCUGUCCAAGUCUGACCGGGAGAAAGAGGUGCGGAGGCCUCAACAAGCACAGUUGGUAAAGGAUCGUAACUCCAUGCUUCGGCUAACCAGCAUUGGUUCUGACGACGAUGAAGACACCGACGGGGGUGGAGGCCCCACAGGAAAUGCCGAAAAGGGAGGAGGAGCAGCCGGAGGAAGGGAAAGGGAUGGAGGGAUGUCAGCCUCGGAGAACAGACGAGUCCACAUGACCUGGACUAAGGAGAAAGCCCUGCAGUACAGAGCUACACACUCCGGCUGUAGUACGCCAGAGGGCUUCAGAGAUAUGCUCAGUAUCAGGCCGGACCACUCCAACGUGCGGCGGAUGCACACGGCCGUCAAGCUCAACGAGGUCAUCGUCAACAAAUCCCAUGAUGCUCGGCUGGUCCUGCUCAACAUGCCGGGACCGCCACGGAACCCAGCCGGAGACGAAAACUAUAUGGAAUUUCUGGAAGUUCUAACUGAGGGAUUGGAACGCGUCCUAUUGGUCAGGGGUGGAGGAAGUGAAGUCAUCACCAUCUACUCCUGAUUUACUCACACAAACCAGCUAUGUCAGAGCAGCCAAUCACGUGGAAGAGAAUGCUAAAGGAGGUGGGGCUAAGGAGCCCUGGGGGUGUGGCCCCUCUGUCAGACAGCGCAAAGAUGGACUGUCAUUGGCUGCAGCUUGGAUAAACCCCUCCCAUCUCUCCGCUGUCAGUCAUUAUUCCUAGGCUUCCCCAUUCCACUAAAGACGAGCUACAAAAAGCCAACACGAUUCCUCAAGUGAACAUUGAGCGAAAGUUCUCAUAAUGUGUGUCUGUGUGUGUCUAAGUGUAUGAGAGAUAUUCAUCUCAACAUAUAAUACAAAAAGGACCAGCCCACGUGACUAGACCAGGACAAUUCCUGGUCCUGGUUAUAGCUGAUAACUAGGGCCCUGAGUAUUCCCCCUGAUCAGGUCACAUGGUCAGGAAAAACUUCUGGCCUCCCACAUAAUGCACAAUAAUAUACAGCAGUUGGAUCAGGGACCAGUGUUUAUGUCCCAAAUGGCACCAUGUUCCCCAUAGUGCACUACUUUUGCACUAAAUAGGGAAUAGGGUGCGAUUUUGGACUUACAAUGUGUAGUAUGAGCGUGUAUGGACCAAUGGAUGAUAGUCAUAAUCUAGUAGACAGACAGACCAUAUAGAAUCUAGAACAUCCUAGAACAUCGAUAUAAAAUCGAGAUCAUUCUAGAACAUCUAUAUAGAAUCUAGAAAAUCAUAUAGUAUCUCGAACAUUGUAGAACAUCUAGAUAGAAUCUAGCACAUCCUAGAAUAUCUACAUAGAAUCUAGAAUAUUGAUAUAGAAUCUAGAACACCCUGAAACAGUGAGUGUUCCACUGAGUGACUCAGGGUUUAGUUAUAGAAAACGACAACAGGCGCGCUCUUCCAAAAUCCACAUGUCUAGCAUGCUAGAGUGAAGCUGUGCAUUCUACGUAAUAUGGAUUAUUGGAACGCAGACCUGAUGAGUGGAUUGUGUGGUACGAGUGAGAAAAUGUGUGUUAUGUAUGUAUGUACAUUGUGUAGGCUAGAGCUAGACAGAGAAUGGACUUAGGUUCAUAUACUAUUUGAAAUCAUUUGAAAUACUUGAGCUAUGCUUGAUGGAACCAAAAGAAUAGUGCCAAAACAUGCAAACCCAACGUUUGGUAUUGGUGUCUCCAACCAGGCAAAGCAGACAGACGCUCAAGAAGAAACAUUUGAAAUAGUACCCAGGUUUUGUGAUACGUUAUAAUAGCCUGCUGGUCUCUGAUCUGUAUUUGGGUCAUUAUCAUUAAAACGGUUUUAAAAUGUCUGUACCAAAUUGAGUUACAAAACCAUGAUACAUCUUAAAAAAUCAACUAUCAUUCUGAGGAAUAAGAUGUCUAGUUUUGGGGAAAGUGUCUUAUUUGAAAUAAAUUUCACAUUUUCAUCCAAAUUCUCAUUACCGAAAUGCGUCUGGAUUAAAUUCUCUGGUCUAUUAAAAAAUAAUCUUUACAAAAAUGUAACCUAUUUGAAUAAAACACCAAAUAUGUUGCUGUAGUUUGUCCAUAAAUCAUACAAAUGGUAUUCUAGUUGGAGUUUACAUUAAAGUAUAAUAUUUAUUAAGUACAAACAGUGUCUGUGGACGUCUCAUUACUUAUUCAAGUUCCUGUAAAACAUUUUUAAUAAAGUUCUAUUCACCCAUGAUGCAUCAUCUAGAGGAGUAAUCCUUAUAUGAGCACAAGUUGUUAAUUUAUUAGCUUUUAUGCCUUCAGAAUAAGGUUCUUAUUCUCAAACACCCCCUUUACCCCACUUGGCCUUCUCAUUACUGAAAUGGCUAAAUAGCUCAAAUAGGGGGGAAAACUACGAUUUUAUAGUAAUUGUAUAAUUUUAUUUUCAGUGUUAUGUUUAACUCGGGCCUUUUCAUUAGGGAAGACAUUUUUAAACAAUAUCUAAAUAUUGAUUUGUUUAUGACUUUUUUUUAACCUUUUAAAACUGUUACGGUAAUGAGAAUUUUGUGAAACUGUUGGUAAAAUGCAUAAUAUCUGAUCAAAAAACAAUUAUGAAUUAGAUAAGUACAUAUCCUAAUCUCAGUGAUUCAAGAGGAUAUUAUGUGAAAAAUUACACCAUUUUUUGGGACAGUGAGAAUGACCCAUUUGCUAUAGCCAACUCCUCUAACAAUACAGCCAUAGGAGUUGGUUAAAGCAUAGACAGAUCUGGGACCAGGCUGUCCUUGAAUAGAGAGAGGUGUGAGUAAGACAUGUAAGUUCAGGACUAGGACUGCAAAUCGGUACAUGUGUUGACAGCAAUGGCUCCUAGUUUAGGUGUAAACAUCCCCUAGAUGUGUUUUCUCAAGGCAGGGUGCCAAAUCAAGGCCUACCAAGUCAAUAUCAAGGGGGUGGUUCACUUUAAACACAACAGUAGUCAAUUGAAGCCAAAUUAUUUCAGGCCUGCCCAGCCUGGUAGGGGAAAACUUGAGUGAGAGAGGUGUGGAAGGUUUUAAGGAUGUAAGGAAUGAAUUGAAGUAUUGUGAAUGAGUAACAGUGUUGUAGGUAGCCAUAUUAGGUGGGGGGGUGUUAUUGUUGCACACUGGACCACUGUUGUAAAGAGACCAUUACCCUGCAUGCUGUUUAACAUUUUUUUUUACGUUGCACUGUCAGUGAAAGGGAGGGAUUGGAAGUUUGCGUGCGAGAGAAGGAAAAAGGUGAUUUAAAAAAGAAAUCAUCUUACGAGUUAUCCUCCCCCUCACUACCUACCUAUUAGUACAUGCCUGUGCUGUUCCGUCAGCUUCUGCUGUGCUAACUGCCCAUUUAUUUCCCAAAUGGCACUCUGCUUCCUUUGUAGUGCACUAUGUAGGGAAUUAGGGUGCCAUUUGGGGGACAAGCUGGCAGUAUUUUAUUCCACAAUGCUUGUUUUCGAUCUUCUCAAUGUAUUGACUUUAUUGUACAGGGAUGGAUUAUUUGUGUUCAAUUGUUUUUCCUCCACCAUUUGUUUUUGCUUGUACAUAAAAACUAAGAGAAAUCCCACGUUUUUUUUUUUUAUUA